UUUUGGCGAAACUGGAGGAUCUCAACCUCAAAUUCACCUCAGUGACCGACGAUGGCUUGAAAACGUUAUCUGGAUUGAUGUGUCUAAGGUCACUUAAUCUUGAAAUUCGCCAAAUUACAGACUCUGGGCUCGCAGUUCUCACAGGUUUAACUGGUUUGACUCACCUGGAUCUCUAUGGAGCUCACAUAACAGAUACCGGGACAAAGUAUCUCACAUGUUUCAGAAAUCUGCAAUCGCUCGACCUUUGUGGUGGCUUGUUAACGGAUUCUGGAGUCGAAAAUGUAAAGGAUCUUUCUUCCCUGAUGUUUCUGAAUCUCUCUCAGAACCGGAAUUUGACAGAUAAGACCUUGGAGCUUCUAUCAGGACUAAAAUUAUUGGUACAUUUAAGUGUGACAAAUUCUUGCAUAACCAAUAAUGGAUUGCAAUAUUUAAAGCCUAUGAAGAAUUUACAAUCAUUGGAUUUGGAAUAUUGCAAUGUGACAGCAUCUGAGAUUAAGAAAAUUCAAGCCAAUUUUCUUUUUAAUCUUGUGAGAUUUAGACCUAAUUAACUCUUUUUAAAGUUCAUCAUGUAACAUGUAUAGUAAAUAUGCAAAUCAAAUAUUUGAUGUGUAAAAAAUAGGCAAAAAUAAAUUAUGUUUUAUUUUAGAUAUAAGGCACUAUUUAGCCCUUUGAAUUAUA